UUACCUAUUUACAACGACACAAAGACGAUCGGUCACUGAUUUAAUGCCAAUGAUUGGUGCACGUUUUUAUACACAAUUGGAUGCCUUGCAGGCACAAUGCGAUAUGCAAGAGGACGAACUUGCCAAGGAAAUGGAAAAUGGACGCCUUUACCGAAUAUUGGUUAAAUUGAAUUGUAUUAACGAGAGACCAGACUUCAAUUUAGAUUGUACAUGGUCUGAAAUUGGUGAUAGAUAUAUGCUGAAAUUAUUCCGUGAUUAUUUGUUUCAUUCCGUCACUGAAGAUGGUCGGCCAUGGUUGGAUCACGCACAUAUUGUACAAUGUUUAAAUAAACUUGAUGCUGGCUCAUUAGAAAGAGUUCAACUCAUGUCCCGUGAUGAACAAUCAGUUCUAAUUGUUACUUAUGCUGAGCUUAAAAAUUGUUUAGACAAGGCAUUUUCUGAAUUGCUGGCUGGCGCUGCCUCAUAAUGAUAGACUAUCACCAUGUCAUUGGCACUACUGAUACUUUUAUCCCUUUUAUCAAAAACAAAAAUCAACAAACAAAAACUUUUAUCAUUUGCAUCAUCAA